GGACUGUCCAGAUCACAUCCUGACGUCUGAUCAAAGAGGGGCCAGCAUUUCUUCUGGAGACAUCUGUCAGCCCGAGCAGCCACUCUGGAGCCAACAGUACUAACAGAGUCAACGACAGGGACCAGUGACAGUAGUCGAAUCACGGGAAGCGUCUCUUCAGCUGAGGCAGGGUCAGCCCAGCGGGACGGAGCCAUGGAGCCACCGGAGGACAUGGAGGGCCGCACCUUUGUGGAGGUGAUGAGUGAAAAGUACAGCCCGGAGAACUUCCCGUGCCGCAGGGGGCCCGGUAUGGGCGUAGUGGUGGUGCCCACCGCAGGUCCUCAAGGAUCCCCCAUGAAAGACCGCCUGAACCUGCCCAGUGUGCUGGUGUUGAACAGCUGUGGGAUCAGCAGGGCCGGGGAGCGGGCAGAAAUCGUCGCCUUCUGUGCCCACGUCAUCGAGCUAGACCUGUCGCACAACAAACUGCAGGACUGGCAUGAGAUCGGUAAAAUUGUCUCCAACAUCCCCAACCUGGAUUUUCUGAACCUGAGCUCCAACCCCCUGGCGGGAAUGGCCCUUGAGCCGCGGUGUGCCGAAGCCUUUUCUCGGGUCCGACGCCUCGUCCUCAACAACACUCAGGUGUCCUGGGACACUGUGCUGCUGCUCGCCAGGGAGAUACCCGAGUUGGAGGAGUUGUUUCUGUGCCUUAAUGAGUACAGCAGUGUGAGUGUCUCAAGCGUGGUUUGCCCCACCCUGCGCCUGCUACACAUCACCGACAACAGCCUCAAGGACUGGACCGAAGUCCGCAAGUUUGGCCCCAUGUUCCCCAGCCUGGAAACUCUGAUCAUGGCCAACAACCACCUGACCUCCAUUCAGGACAACAAGGACAUACUGCAACGACUCUUUCCCAAACUACGCAGCAUGAACCUGAAUAACUCAGGUCUCAGCCAAUGGGAUGACAUCGAGAAGCUGAACUUCUUUCCCAGACUGGAGGAGGUUCGGCUGCAGGGCAUUCCCUUACUGCAGACUUACACCAACGUAGAGCGACGGAGCCUCAUGAUAGCACAGCUCCCUGCAAUAUCUUUGCUAAACGGCAGUGUUGUGACUGAUAAUGAGAGGGAAGACGCAGAGAGAUUCUUCAUCCGUUACUACUUAGACUACCCUGAGGAGGAGCUGCCCGACAGGUACCACUCUCUGGUGACUAAGUACGGGAAACUGGAACCACUCGCCGAGAUUGACCUCAGACCUCGCUGCCGUGCCCAGGUGGAGGUUCACUGUGAGGAAAAAGUGCAAGAGCUGAACAUCCGUCUGGACCAGACAGUAGCUGAGCUGAAGAAGCAACUGACGACCGUCGUGCAGCUUUCCACCAACAGCAUGAGGCUCUAUUACAUCGACAAGUUCAGCGCCUUCGGCCCUGAGGAGAUGAGAUACAACACGCGCGCUCUCCACUCCUACAGCAUCCAGGACGGAGAUGAAAUACUGGUGGUGCCCAAGACCAAGUAAAUCACUGGAAUCAAAGUGUCUGAGAGGAGGGACUCACUGAUUGAUCGAUUUGUUGGAUUAGUUGUUGAUUGGUUACCUGAAAAUCACAAAAUCACUGGAAAAAGUAUAAAUGAUCAGCGGCCGAUGUGUAAGAGCUUAAAGAAGAAGUUGAUGUGUAAAACAUCAGAAGACUCCACAGAGGGCUACAGUGAGCUGCUAGGAGGGCCUGACUGGAAACGCAGCCAGUCAGGAGAGAAUUUGUCUUUAUUUAUUUGAGCUUUAUUUAAGAGGAAUCCAUUGGAGUCGACCUGUCAGAUAGGAGAAGAGGCCGAGAGAGCAACCUCGAAUCUACUAGAAGUUUAACUGGAGCGAGGGGGAGGGCCCUGCUGUAUCAACCAAGCAGCUCUGUCGCUAAGUACAAAACAUUUACCACCGGCUUGCCCACUCGUCACAGAAAGCUACCCCGCUGCACUCAUCUCCACCUCUAAGUGGGCACAAUAUCAGGAAGAGCAGUUUUUGUUGAAGGGAAAAUAUUUCCUAAAAACAGUAACGAUGAAAGACGGCGAUGAAACUUUGUUUUUUUUGGUUAGUUCUGUUGUUCAAAGGUUUUUUUCUUUUUCUUCUUUUUUUCAAACUUCUGGGAAUUAUUACAAUGGUUAGAAGAAGCUACAUCACACAGACAUCAGUUAGAUAAAUACAUAAAGAGUCAUAAUAUUAGCUAUCUCUCCAACAGCCAAUAAGGACACUUAAGAGGGAUUUCACUAAGAUAUGAUCGAGAUUAGAUCGCAGCCCCUAAUAGCUCAAAAAGUAGUGAUUCAUUUUGCUCCCACUAUCUGCUCCAUUACAUGUUUAAUUCACAAAGCAUAUAUAUAAUUUAGGGCUGGGCACGUUAACGCGUUAUUUUCGCGUCAACUCAUUGAUUAAUUAUCGCCGACAAUUGUUUUAUCUUGCAUUAACGCAGUUUUUAUUAUUUAUUUUCUUAUUGUAAAAGUCUGUUGCUCAUUGGCUUUUUAUUUGUAAAAUUCC